CUUAGGUAGCACUGAGUUCAAAUGCAAUGCUGUCCAAACAGGCACUCCACUUCCAAUCAGCUUGUUCACUAAUGUUAUACCCGAGCAAUCAUUUGGAGUGUUGAUGCUCUUCUCUGGAGUUCUGUCGACCCCCGCUCCCCACUUCUGGACAGCUCUCGAAGCUCUGAUUGAGUCCUGUGCGGCAACGAGGGUCCAUCUUAACGCUUGAUUUGAAAGCAAGGGUGUGCGUGUAACUUGGAAAUGCCCAUAAAUUGCAUUAUUAUGAAUUCUUGCAGGUCUAUAUAAGUGUGGUUGGGUUCCCACACGUGUCGCUCGCAGCGUUGCUGUCUUAAUUACUCCAAGCUAUUUAGAGACAUCGGAGAAAGAUUCAAUAUGGCUCCAAAGGUUUUUCUCACAGGUGUCACCGGGUACAUAGGUGGAGAUGUCUUCUAUGCGGUCUCCCAAGCACAUCCUGACUGGCAGAUUUCUGUUCUGGUUCGCAACAAAGAAAGAGCGGCUCAAGUGGCCAAUAAAUACCCCAAUGUCCGAAUUGUGCAUGGAGACCUUGACUCCGCCGAUGUGAUCGAGGAGGAAGUCAAGAAUGCAGAUAUCGUCUUCCACUGCGCCGACUGCGACCAUGUUGCUUCUGCCACUGCUAUCGCCAAAGGCGCUACCCACCACACACCUGAGAAGCCCCUCUGGGUAAUCCAUACAUCUGGCACCGGCAUUCUGACUGUCGAAGACUUCCGCGCCAACACCUGGGGCAUCGAGCGCACCAAGGAGCAUAACGACUGGGACGGAGUAGACGAGCUGGUUAACCUGCCCGACGACUCCCUCCACCGGAAUGUCGACAAGAUCAUUAUCGGGGCCGGCCAGCGCGCUCCCGACAGUGUCAAGACCGCCAUUGUUUGCCCCCCUACCAUCUACGGCCUCGGCCGCGGUCCCGGCAACCAGAAGAGUGCCCAGGCCUACUGGCUAGCUUCUGCAGUCCUGAAAAGGAAGAAGGGCUUCCUCAUCGGCGAGGGCAAGAAUACCUGGCACCAGGUGCACGUCCAGGAUCUCAGCAAUGUGUACCUGGCCCUAGGGGAUGCCGCGGCGGCAGGAGGCGGCAAGGCCACCUGGAACGAGCAGGGGUACUACCUCGCCGAGAACGGGUCGUUUGUCUGGGGUGAUGUUUCGCGUGCUGUGGCCAAGGUGGCUUACGAGAAGAAGCUCAUUCCGUCUCCCGAUGUUGAGCCAUUGUCAGACGAGCAAAUCACGGAGCUGAAUCAGUAUGGGCUGUAUGCUUGGGGGAGCAACUCGCGCGGCCAUGCCAUACGCGCGAGGAAGCUGUUCGGCUGGUCGCCUCAACAGCCUAGUCUGAUGGACCUUAUCCCUCAGAUUGUGGAGAUUGAGGCUAAAGCUUUGGGACUGAUGUAA